ACAAACAUUUUGACGACUUGACAAUCAAGUUCAUUUUUUUCAAGGUUGCGAAAAUCAAAAUGUUCGCACGUGGGGGUGUUUGUAAACUCAUAGGAACAUUAUAUCAAAGCAGUGCUUCAUGUAUUGUCAUCAGAUAUCCAAGAAAUGCUGGUAGAUAUAUAUUGAGGAACUGUUCCGUCUCAACCAAAUUUGCAGAUGUUGAUGAGGACAAUGACAAUACAGUUAAUAGACUGAGUGAAACCAAAAACAGUUCAGAUAGUGGUAUAGCUGGCAAAUUAAAACAACUUAAAAUUGAAAAAAUAAAUUCAGAUUCAACAAAUGAGAAUUAUUUUUCAAGGAAUAAAAGUGACUUUGAAAACAGAUAUAGUAGUAAUAAUUUUGAGGAUGAAUUAAAUCAAGACAAUGAUAUUGAAGGUUAUUCAAAUAACAGUUUUCAACAAAAAAGAACAUUCAAUAGAAGACCUCAGUUUAAUAGAAAUAGGUCUGAAAAUUGGGACGAAAAUUGGGAAGAUGAGGAUAGUUUUAAAAGUAGUAGACCAUUCAAUAGAGGAUCUCAGUUCAAUAAAUCUAGAGGUGGAGACUUUCAAAGGAAUUUUAAUAGUAGCUUUCAAAAUAGAUAUGAAGACAGAGGUUUCCAAAAGGGAAGAUUUAGCAAUGAUUAUGGAAGAGACAAUUUUGCAUCUAGAAAAAGGGAACAAAGAAAACCAGAAUAUAAAGAAUUUCAAAAAGAUUUCUACAAAGAAAAUGAAAGUGUUCAUAAUAGAUCUAAUGAAGAAGUUAAAGCAUUUUAUGAAAAGCAUCAGAUAACAUUAUCUAAUACAGAUUUACGUCCAUUGGAAACAUUUGAAGAAGCAGGAUUUCCAGACAUCAUCAACAGAAAAUUACAGGAAGAAGCUUUUACAUCACCAACAGCAAUACAGUCUGUAACCUGGCCCCUGGCAUUGUCUGGGAAAGAUGUUAUAGGCAUAGCUCAAACAGGAUCAGGGAAAACAUUAGGAUUUAUGUUGCCAGCAUUUGUUCAUAUACAGAACCAAGAAAAAUUACAGCGAGGAGAUGGACCAAUAUGUCUAGUGUUAGUACCAACAAGAGAGUUAUGUCAACAAGUACAGGAAGUAGCUGAUCGGUUUGGAUAUCCAAUGAGAAUGAGGAGUGCAGCAAUAUAUGGUGGUGCUAAUAGGUAUCCACAGUUACAGAAACUGUCAAGAGGUGCUGAAGUGUGCAUCGCCACCCCUGGAAGAUUGAAUGAUUUUCUAAGUUCCGGUGAAACAAAUCUAGAUAGAUGUACCUGCCUUGUUUUAGACGAGGCAGACAGAAUGUUAGAUAUGGGAUUUGAACCACAGAUUAGACAAAUUAUAGAACAAAUUAGGCCUGACAGACAAACACUAAUGUGGAGUGCUACCUGGCCUGAAGAAGUACAAGAGUUAGCCAAUGAUUACCUGACAGAUCAUGUCAAGAUAAAUGUUGGAUCAGUUGAUUUAAUUGCAAACAAAAAUAUAAAACAAGAAGUCGUUAUUUGUAAUUCACAUGAAAAGCCUCAAGAAUUGGGAAAAAUAUUACAACAAAUUAUACAAUCACCUAAAGAUGAAAAAGUGUUGAUAUUUGCACAGACAAAAGUUAUGUGUGAGAGAAUAAGCCAAGAAAUAAGAAGAAAUGGCAUUCACAAUGUUUGUAUCCAUGGUGAUAAAAGUCAAAGACAAAGAGACCACUGCUUAGAAGUAUUUCGUAAUGGCCGAGUAAAAAUCAUGGUUGCCACAGAUGUUUGUGCCAGAGGAUUAGAUGUAAGUGACAUUACAUAUGUUGUGAAUUAUGACUUCCCACCAAAAGGGGUAGAGGAUUAUAUCCAUAGAAUAGGUAGAACUGGCAGAGCAGGCAAUUCAGGAACAGCAGUCACAUUGUUUUCUUAUGACGACAGGAAUUCUGCUAGAGAUUUAAUAAAGAUCAUGAAAGAGGCAGACCAAGAGGUCCCUGAAGAAUUGUUGGGAAUGACAAGACAUUCCCAUGGCAACCAAAGAAGAAAUAGCAGAUACCAACCAAGUUACAGAAGAGAUUCCAGAGAUUACCAGGAUAGAAGACCUUUCAGACACAGAAUGAAUAGAGGAGAAGGAUAUGCUUCAGGCUUUACUCGCAUGGAUGACUGAUACUGUCAUAUGUUAAUAAGAGUUAUCAAGCAUGAAGUUGGACAUAAAUAAGUCUUUUGAAAAAAAAGACAUAAGUCUUUUGAAUAAAAAAAGACUGAAAAUUGUGAUCAUGAACAAUAUGUAUAUAUCAAUUGAAAUUUUUAAAAUCUUCUGACAAUUGACAUUUUACAAAUUUUAUUACUGAAGACAAUUAGUUAUGUUUUCAUUUUAAAAUUUGUGAUGAAUCAUUUGCAUUUUGUAAAAUGCAAAUGCAUUAUCACGAGUUUAUACUUUGGAUCUAAAAUAUAAUGUCCAAAAUUUUAUUUAAAGUUCAAAAUUAUGGUUAAAAAUUUUUUGUUACAUGAAGAAUGAAAAUCACAAAACAAAUGUAUGCAUGAAAUGUUUGUUAGUUAUAAUUUAUUUGAAAUAAAACAAGUAUAACAAUCUUUAGUAAAAAUAUUAAA